GGAGAGCACCGGGGGAGUACAGGGGGCACCGGAGGGGUACCAGGAGGCACCGGGGAGAUACUUGGGGGAUACCAAAGGGCCCAGGGGGACAGCGGGGAGGUACCUGGGGGGCACCAGAGGGGUACCGGGGGCAGCUGGGCCUGUGAGGUGACAGCAGCAGGCAGCCCGGCAGUGGACAACCUGCCUUGGCCUCUCCAGUCCCGGUCCCAUCCCGGUCCCGGUCCCCGUCCCGGCGCCAUGCCCAGCCCUCGCAGCAGCCGCGAGCGACGCGCCGGCCGCCCGGAGUUCGUGUCCCUGCUGAGCCAGCGCGGCCCCGCAGCCCCCGACAGCCCGUCCCGCCGCCGCGAGUCCGGGGGCUCCGCGCCCCCGCCACUGCCCGAGGAGGACUGCAUGAGGCUGAACCCGUCCUUCGUGGGCAUCGCCCUCAGCUCCCUGCUCGCCGUCGACCUCUGGGCCUCCAAGCGCCUGGGAGUCUGCGCCGGGGAGGCCUCGGCCUGGGGCAGCGCCCGCCCGCUGCUGAAGGUGGUCGAGGUGUCGGGGCACGGCAUCCCCUGGCUGCUGGGCACCUUCUACGGGCUCUGCCAGAGCGACAGCUCGGCCGCCAGGGAGGUGCUGCUCAACCUGCUCUUCGCCCUGCUGCUGGAUCUCGUGCUGGUGGCCGUGGUGAAAGGGAUCGUCCGGCGGCCGCGGCCCACGCACAACAAGAUGGACAUGUUUGUCACCGUCUCGGUGGACAAGUACUCCUUCCCGUCGGGCCACGCCACCAGAGCCGCCCUGGUGUGCCGCUUCGUGCUGCACCACCUGGUGCUCGCCGUCCCGCUGCGGGUCCUCGUGGUGCUCUGGGCCCUCAUCGUCGGCGUCUCGAGGGUGAUGCUGGGCAGGCACAACGUGACGGACGUGCUCUUCGGCUUGCUGCUGGGCUACGCGCUGUACAGCGUGGUGGAGUACUGCUGGCUCUCCCCGCUCAACGCGCCUGCCCUCUUUGCUCUCUGGACCCGCUGACCGCCGCGUGCCUCCGGGAGGAGGAGGCUUACGCCCCAUUCUCUAAGUGCACACACACAGAGGGGGCACCGGGACUUGAACUGAGAUUUGUCCAGCCAAAAUGUCAACGCUGCAGGCUCCCGGGCCUGCAGUUAGACACUCGGUGCUGUCUCGCCCUCCUGUCGGGCUGCCAGGCACCGACUGCUCUCCAGGGACAGAGCAGAGCCUGGGGAGGGGUCAGCGCACCCGCCUGGCAGCUUGCUGCUGAUCCUGUGAAGCAGCGUGCCCUCGGCGGGCACCUGCUGCGUUAGCCCGUGGUGUAUGUAAGAGCUGGGGCUUGGCAGAGGUUUCUCUGCAAUUGCCCGUGUUAUCUGUGUGCUGUAAAUACACUGAUUGCAUCGCUGCUGCCA